GUUCAGUUCAAUCAGUUGUCACUCGGAGCUCCUGGUGAGCAGAGGUAUCGGAACGGCACUCCGGCUCGAUCACACACGCGCGCGCUCUGUCUCUCUCUCUCUCUCUCCCUCGACCUCUCUUCCUCUCAUCAGAUAAACUUUUCUAUCUCGCAAAACGGGGUAGUUCAUUUUGCUACCUGGCGCUGGCCAAAUAAUUGGGUACGUCCGCUGGGCAAGACGGAAUAAAUCGCCACUUUUAUUUUUUUUAAGAAGAGGACCCACACACAAGCAGCCAAAAUGUUCUCACAAGGUCUCAGGGCCAUUGGCGGAAACGCCUGCAGAAUGACCUGUGUCGCUUUGAGGUCUGCACCAGAGUUACAGACCACGACCAACAGACUGGGUGGGAUGCUGUCUCAAAGUUCGGCCUCUGCUCUGUCAAUCAUCCAGCUCAGAUACUUCAACUCCGUCAAGUAUUCGUCGAAGAUGGAAUACUACAGCGCCAGCGAUCACAUAAAGUUGCCGAGAAAGCUCCAAGAGCUCGAACACGCGUUGGAGGGCCACGACCGACCUCUGACUCUGCUUCUGACGUGGCUGAUGGCGAAGGACAGACACAUCAAAAAAUACGUGAAGUUCUACACUGAUCUGGGCAUCGACGUCUUGAACAUCAAAUUCUCACCUCUCGAUAUUAUGUCUCCUGGAAUUCACGGACAGCGAGUUGUAGAGCAGUUUCUUCACUUCGUCCACCACUAUCCCGAAACCUGCCCACUUCUGAUCCACGGUUUCAGCGUCGGGGGAUACCUCUGUGCAACGGCUAUGCAUGAAGUCGAGAAAGACUUCGAAAAGCACGGACACCUCCUAGACAGAUUUGUCGGACAAAUCUGGGACAGUGUGGUCGACGUCGCUGGAACCCCCAUUGGCGUGGCCAGAUCAGUGACUGAUUCGAAACCUAUGCAAGACGUCAUUCAGAGGUCUAUAGAAUGGUACUUAAAAUACAGAUACGAUUCUGUGACCGUCUUUUACGAAAGAGCCAGCGUCCAGUUCCACAAGAAUUACAUGGGGACUCCAGGCCUCUUCUUCGCCUCGGAGGCUGACCCAAUAUCGCCUCCCAGCAUGGUCUUCAAAGCACACGACAUCUGGAAGAGCCUAGGUUACCCUGUAUACAAAAAGUGCUGGGACGACACGAAGCACGUGACGCAUCGCAUGAAGCACCCAGAGGAAUAUGAGAAGCACGUCAUGGCCUUCCUGAAGAGCCUGGGACUGUCGCUCAGACCCAGUGUCCUCCCAGUCAAGAAGAUCCGGGAGAGGAAGAUCCAGGCGGAGAUCAAAUCCCAGCCCCACCCUACACCAAUACUCACUCUGUCCAGAUAGGUUAUGCGGUCUAUCAAAUGUCCAAAACAUCAGUCAGUAUUGUAGGUUUAGUUUGCUGUACUACGCACAGUCUGCAUAUUGUCAGUCUUUAUGUGAACAUAGGUAAUUCAUAACCAUUAUACAUGUCCUUUAGGUUAUAGCUCAUAGGAAUUUUAUAUUUAUAUUUUGAUGAUUAUGUUGAUAGAUUGUAAUAUACUACAUUCCCCAUUAUAGCUUUAAUUUAGUAAAAUAUAUAUAAAUAUUCUUUGAUAAUAA